AUGGCAUUCCCAGCAGUUUUUUCGCUUCUCCUGUUCGUGCUAUUGAUCCUUGAGCCGCAUAGGGUCAUAGGCAGGCUCUACACUGACCCUUCAGCCCUACCUCGGAAGAAUUAUGACUACGUGAUCGUUGGUGCGGGCGUCGGCGGAGGGGUGGUUGCUAGUCGCUUAUCUGAAGACCAUACGACCAAGAUCCUUCUUAUUGAAGCAGGGAUCAGCGAUGAAGGCAUCGAAGCGAUCCAAGUUCCUUGGCUUGCUCAGGUGCUAACACCUAACACGAUCGUCGAUUGGAACUUUACGACGACUCCGCAGAUUGGUCUAGGGAAUAGAUCUAUUUCUUACCCACGAGGCCGUGUCCUGGGCGGAUCUUCCUCCGUCAAUGGUCUUAUAUACACUCGCGGUUCGGCUGAUGAUUAUAACCGGAUCGCAGAAGUAUCAGGGGAUUCUGGAUGGUCCUGGGACGCUCUCCUCCCGUUUAUCAAGAAGGCCGAAAAAUUAGUCCCCUCAGCGGAUGGUCAUAAUACAUCUGGUCAGGUAGAUCCAUCAGCGCAUGGACAUUCUGGACCUUUGGGAGUUAGUGUCCUCAAUUGGCCCGCACCAACUGACAGUAUGGUGAUUCAGGCUACGAAAGAACUGCCUGAAUUUCCGUUUGUCAUCGAUUUUAACGCUGGAAAGCCGCUUGGAUUCGGAUAUUCCCAGUCGACUAUUAGCAAUGGCACGCGCGACAGCGCAGCGACGGCAUACAUACACCCCUCUCUCUCGAAGUACAGCAAUCUCGACGUUUUGAUCAACUCUCAUGUAACCAAGGUUCUCCAAACUGGCAUCGCCGACUGUAUUCCGGUCUUCCAGGGGGUACAGAUAGCUCGCAAUGCGUCGAGCAGACUUUACGCUGUUACGGCAGCAAAGGAAGUCAUCCUUUCGGCUGGGAGCAUCGGAACGCCUCAGAUCUUAAUGCUAUCUGGGAUCGGCAACUCGACUAAGUUGUCGUCCCUUGGCAUUGAUCCGAAGGUCGAAUUGCCGGAUGUGGGACAGCACCUUCAGGACCACACCCACCUCUCAGAUAUAUGGCUGACAAAUGCUUCCUUCUCUUGGGACGAUAUACGAAGAAACGCUACACUGGCAGCGCAGGAAUUAGCAGAAUGGAGGAACAAUCGCACAGGCCCAUAUACUGACGGUUUCUACAGCCAGAUUGGAUGGUCGCGGUUGCCUGACAAUGCCACCAUUUUUCAAACACAUAGCGAUCCAUCUGCGGGCUCCAACACCCCUCAUUUUCAGCUAGAAAUCUACGAUACUUUUUCUGCCACCAGUGCAUAUCCUUCUGAAGGUCGCUUCCUCACAAUUGCUACCGCUCUCGUAACGCCUGCCGGUCGCGGCACAGUUACCUUAGCAUCUUCAGACCCUUUCGAGGACCCACUGAUCGACCCAGCCUUCCUCACUUCCGAAUUCGACCUUUUUGUGAUCCGUGAAGCAGCCCGAGCAGGACGACGUUUUGCCUCGGCUGCUUCGUUCAGUGGACUUUUGUUGGAACCGUACGGGCCGUUUGGCCAGGCUCAAACAGAUGAAGAACUCAAUGCGUAUGCCCGUGCAACUGCUGGGACUGCAUACCAUCCGACGAGCACUGCCAGGAUGUCUGCAUGGAACGCGACGAACGGAGUCGUGAAUCCUGAUCUCACGCUUAAAAAGGCUAGAGGCUUGCGCAUUGUCGAUGCUAGUGUGCUGGUAAGCUGUUCAUUGGUGGCCCAUGUCAGAUCGGGGGGUACUAAACAUGAUGUAAAUGUUCAGCCGUUUGUCCCGUCAGCCAACACGCAGGCUUCGGUGUAUGCCAUUGCUGAGCGUGCGGCGGCUAUCAUCAGGGGAACGGCGUAG